UUGCCAAAACCAUUUUUGUCUCUUCCUCUUCCCUACCCCCAAUAUUAACCCUCUCUCCAUCCUUCUCUUUUCUUGCAUGAAUCAAUCAUUCACAAACCUCUUUCUUCUUCUUUUUUGCAUGAUUCAAAAAGCUAUUACUUCCUCUACAAACUUUGGAAUAUUCAUUAACAAGAUGAUAGAUAUACAAGACUUUCUCUUGGGUUUCUAUAUUAUAUCUUUCUUUCUUUACUUUCUUCAAGGCCUUAAGAAGACCACGCUUUGCAUAGCUACAUCUCUGACCUCACCACCGCCACCGCCACCAUCUUCUUCUUGGUUUUUCUUUGAACACGCGAAGAACUCAAAGAAUCGAGGUUUGGGAUCCACAGACAACCAAGAAGAUGAUUCGGUGACGAAUAAUAUUCCACAACUCCAAGAAGAAAAUAUGUUUUGUGAAGUAGAGGGAAAGGUCGGUGACGUUAAGGCGGUUACAACUACUAGCAGCAGUACUAUUAGGUUGAAGAAGAGGCCUGGGAAGCUCAUCGUACCAGAACACUAUCCGAGUUUGGAAUUUGGUGAUGUUGAUAAAAAAAUAGAUCGGAGCGAGGAGUUUGAGGUUGUGGAAGGUAGAGAUUACUACUUGGCUAGUAAAAAAGGAAAGAGGGAGGUUAUGGAAGAUCGGUAUGGUGUUUUGCUUAAUAUUCUCGGAGACCGUAAACAGGCAUUUUUUGCAGUGAUUGAUGGACAUGGAGGGCAAGCUGCAGCAGAUUAUGUUGCUGAAAAUCUGGGAAAGAACAUUGUGAAAGCACUUGAAUUUGUCGGAGACGAAGAAGAUCAGUUAGAAGUAGCCAUACAUCACGGCUAUUUGGACACUGAUAAGGAAUUUCUUAGUCAGGGAGUAAAUGGAGGAGCAUGUGCAGCAAGUGUGCUGUUUAGAGAUGGAAAUCUACAUGUAGCCAAUGUGGGAGAUUGUAAAGUAGUUCUGAGUAGGAAUGGAGUUGCUCAUGUACUCACCACCGAUCAUCGCCUCUCCAGAGAAGAUGAACGUUUUCGAAUUGAAAGCUCUGGUGGAUAUGUGCAUUGUAUAAAUGGAGUGUGGAGAGUGAAUGGAUCACUAGCAGUGUCAAGAGCAAUAGGGGACUUGCAUUUGAAACAAUGGGUCAUUUCUGAGCCUCAUAUUAACAACUUCCCUUUAUCCUCUGAUUGUGAUUUCUUGAUUAUGGCUUCUGAUGGGUUAUGGGAUAAGGUAAAUGAUCAAGAGGCAGUUGAUGUGGUAUUAAAAAACAAGAAGAAUUCACAAGAAUCUUGUAGAAAACUUGUCGAUAUGUCUUUAGGGAGAGGUAAUAGGGAUGACAUAACUAUCAUGGUGAUCGACGUUCAACAAUUUGUGGCUAGCGCUACCGGUUGAUGGUGGAAAUCGAUCAUCAAUGAAUAGGAUGCAGAAGAAAAUGAAGUUCCACCGUCACCGUCACCGUCACCGUCACCGUCACCGUCACCAUAUAUAGCCAAUAUAAAAAUAGUUAGUGAAUAGGGUUCAAGUCUUGCCAUAGGCGGCAUUGUGCUUGGAAGAACGAAGACGGGUGAUGAGCAGAGAAUUGCUACAAAUUUAGAGAUAAAUUAGAAUGCAUACUAUAAUAUAGAUUAGGGUAGGGAUGGUAUUUUCUAGAGCUCAUUUGAUUUAUUCUUCUAAUUGUCAUAAUUAUUUGUAUUGGGAUCUUUUGUAUAUUUUUUACUUGGUAAAAAACUUAAUUCAUUUUUGUUUUCCCUUCAAUGUUUUUGUCACGAACACGAGUAAGAGAGAAGUAUAGAGAGAGAAAAUGACUACUGUAUUUGACAAUUUUCUCAGUUAACAAUACAAGGAAAAAUAAUUUUAUAUA